AUGUCCCAAAAAUUUACCUCGAUAUUAUCUCGCGUGGACAACAACGUCGAACUCAUACUGCAGAAGUUCCAUGACAUUGUCGAGCUUUCGUCCGUUCAGGAAAAGUCGCAAGAGACGCACGCCAUCGAGGCGUUACAAAUUGAGUCGAACGCGGCCACUAUAGUGCGGCUCACGGAGGAGUUGCUCGCUAUUACACGACAGCUCAAAGAGGCAUGGAUACUGGGACAGGUGCCGAAACCGGUGGAGUGGCAGCAGGAUGAUAAGCUUUUGCAGGCAAAAGUAAACCGUUUACUCGACAUUGUUAGUACUGGCAAAAUAAAGCCUGACGAAAUAUAA